AAGGAGAUGGACGUGAGACUAGUAGUCAAAAACACAGGACAUGACUUCUCAGGCAAAUCGGGUGGUGGAGAGUCAUUGAGUAUAUGGACACAUCACCUGAAAAGCAUCGAAUACAUCGAGGAUGUUACCGACGAUGUCGAGGGAUACUCUGGUCCUGCCUUCAAAUGUGGCACUGGUGUUCAAGCUUUUGAGAUUUACAAAGUAGCGUCUGAAUACGGCAGAGUUGUUGUUGGUGGCGAAGGACAGACUGUUGGGGUGAUGGGAGGAUACAUACAGGGCGGAGGCCAUUCUCCCUUGAGUUCGAUAUAUGGUACUGGAGCAGAUCAAGCCUUAGCCUUCGAGGUUGUGACAGCGGACGGAGACCUUGUCACUGCAGACCACAGCCAGAAUUCUGAUCUAUUCUGGGCGCUUCGGGGCGGUGGUGGCUCAACCUUUGGUGUAGCAAUCUCGGUCACAGUCAAGGCCUUUCCGGACAUGCCUACAACUGCCUCGGCGUUCAAGUUCUCCACAGCAGACGGUCUAUCCAACGAGACUUUUUGGGGUGGUGUGCGCAGCUACUUCGACUCUUUCAUUCACAAUGCCGACAAUGGAACGUACUCGUACUUCCUCCUGUUGCAUAACAACCCAAGCCCUGGAAAUUUUCUCUUCCAGAUGACGCCCUUCUUCGCACCCAACAAGACCGCCAAAGAGGUGGCUAGUUUGCUGGACCCAUGGUUCAGUAAGCUCUACGAUCUCGGGAUUAUGUUCGACCCCAACAUCACUGAAUACGAAAGCUUCUAUGCUGCCUGGAAAGACUUUUUCCCGCUCGAGGUGGUCGAAAAGGUAAACGUCCAAAGCGGUUCUCGUCUCUUUCCCCGCAAAAACUUCGAAAGCGAAGAGCUGAAGCAGGCCACCUUUGAAGCUAUUCGCACAUCCCUCGAGACGAAUCACGUCUUUGUUGGGUUCAACAUCAAAGCCAUCAGCCCCGAUGACCCAGACAACGCUGUCAACCCAGCCUGGCGCGAAAACAUUUUGUUCGCUCUUCAGUCCGUGAGGUGGUCUGUAAACGCAACCGCCGAGGAAAUUUUAGAAGCCCGCAAAGGUUUCACCUUCGGAGAUAUGCAGCGGUGGAGAGAUGUCUCUCCAGGUGCUGGCUCAUACCUCGCUGAGUCGGACAGGAUGGAGCCGAAUUUCCAACAGUCGUUCUACGGCGACAGCAAAUACCCUCGCUUGCUGGAACUGAAACGUAAAUGGGAUCCUGAGGAUGUCUUUUAUGCUGCUACUGCCGUCGGUAGUGAGUUUUGGGAAGUUAUCACCAAAGAUAAGCUUCCUCACGAGAAUGGAAGACUGUGUCGUGUGGUUGGAUGAUUCGGCGGAUAUAGUACGUAGCAUGUGCUCUAAUGUCACUCGAAUGCUUCAACUUCUUCACACACAAUCUUGUACCAUUUCAAAGCAUUACUGUUGCAAGGAGUGAUGUAGUGGACCCGAUCCUCUCUCAUUCGCUCUCAAUUCUCCGCCUGCUACUGUCCAAAACUCGCCUGUGUGCCCGAGAAACACAGAAACUACAAGAUAUAGGGACAUCGCUGAAAGGAUUUGAUGUGUUUUAAGUUUGUUCAAUCCUAUCGGAGCUACGCUUGAGUCCAUAACUUUCCGAAUGUUCACCAGUCAAAACUCCAGGUCAGGAUCAAACCAUACAUGUACACUGAAGGUUUGAAAGCUACCAGCCAGUAGAGUAAGGUACACUGGAGAGCCGUCUAACGGCCAAACUCUGUUGUAUUCCAAAGAAGAGGACAAGGUUC